UCUUAGCAAUCGUUAUUAUUAUCAUCGACAGAUUUGCAGACUUCCAUGGAAUGAUCUGAUUCCAUCUCAGAAAUAGAGAGAGAGAGAGAGAGAGAGAGAGAGAGAGGACAGAGAGAGAGAGAGAUGAUAACACGUUCGAAUCUGGCGGAACAGUUGCGGGAAUACCAAAUCCGAUCAAAAUACGAUUGGGCGUCCGUCUCUUUCUUCUCCUCCACCGCCAAUGGGAACAUCACUUCAAGGGUGGAUGUUGUCAUCUCGGUGAUAUGGGAGCUCAUUAUUCUUGCUUUCCUAGUUUUCUCAGCAGUUUCUUUGUACUUCAGGUACAUGCGACUUGCAUUUUGCUUAAUAUGCAUAACCACCCUUUUGCUUGUAUGUUUGAAAAUCAUGAAGCAAGUAAGAUUAGCCAGGAAAAGGAAGCGAAGAAUGCUCCUGCCACUAUCGAUGUAAAACUGUAGUCAGGUGGGGUUUGGGAAAGUGGCCCAUGUUUGUUGUGGGGAGAAGGGAGAAUGCCUUUUUUAUAUAUAUAUAAAAAAAAAUCAAUGCUUGAGGCCCAUCUUUUGCGGGCAUAUGUAUACAUUAAAGAAGUCUCUCUUUGUCAAUUAUUGUGUUGAUUGAAAAAUUUGGUCAAUAUUGCUUCCUAAAGAAACUCAAGAGCAUAAUGAAUAACUGAUUGUUAGGGGUUGUUUGGUUGAUGGUAAA